CCCCCUCCCGUGGGCAACACCAGCAAUUCGGGCUCCAUGUCCUCGGCCGGGCUGUUCUGCCAAGGCGCUGCCACAAUCGAAUUUCCGGCCGCGCCUUGUGAAGGACACGGAAAGAGAGACGAGAGGAGAGGUAGAGGGAGAGAGGGAAGGGAGAGACAGAGAGAGAGAGAAAGAGAGAGAGAGAGAGAGGGAGGGAGAGUUUUUUGCAGUGAGAUUUGUGGAUUUUGUUGGAGGGCACGGAACCGUGGGCGGAUUGAGAAGGAGGUGGUGGUGUGGUUGAGAGAGAGAGAGAGAGAGUUGUGUGUGGGGCUCUGGUGCCGGUUUUCUGUUGUGUUCUGUUGAAGAAGCCGUAGCGAAUUGAGUAAUCUGCACGCGAAUUAGCGAGUGUUUUGCCGGUUUAGUAGUCACCGUUCGGGAUAGCUAUGGAGACACAAAUAAUGCCUAGUCCAAGAGGAAUAUGGGAUCUUCUAGAUGACGACACGAUAAUCUAUAUUUUGAAGUACCUUGUUGCACCGUCCGACGUGGCCAAUGCCUCUGUCGUCUCCCGCAGCUGGCGUCAACACGUGCUUGAAGGGCAGCUCUGGAGAGGAUUGUGUCAUCGAGAAUUUCCGGAGCUGGGAUUGAUUGACGAUGUCAUUGAGAUUGACAUCUUGAGACGCGUAGAAGGAGCUGGUUCUAGCAAUACGUCGUACCAGAGUACGUUGGAAAAGAACCAUCGCGUUUAUCGCCAAUUGUACUGGGAAAUGACUCAGACUCCUCUUCUAGAAAGGAAUUGCAUAAGUGCCGCUAUUGCCGCCUCCAGCACAGACAAGUUCCCUGAAGAAAGUAUUCAUGAGACGCUUCAUCCCAAUUCCAAGAGGCCUCGUGAUAUUCAUGAUUCUUCGUGGUCAUAUUGGUCCAGCACGGGACAGAAAGAUCCACGAGUACCAGAAUCUCUGACUUACAAGCUCCUCUCGUCACUUUGUCUUGUGCACGAAAUCAAAAUUCGUCCCUUUGAAGCUGAGUUUCAGCACGGUAACCCCGUGUACUCCUCAAAGUACGUGCGAUUUCGGCUAGGAUAUGAGAACCCGAGGCGGCCUUCCUGCUCCGACGACAUGCUGAAGAUGGAUGUAGAGUGUGAUAAGCCGUUAGAGUUUCCUUGGACUCCAGGGCCUCCACCGGAGUACAUAUGGACUUACGUGUCCCCUGAGUAUCCGAUGGAUCAGAGAGAUUCUCUUCAGACGUUCAAGCUCCCUCGUCCAGUUCUGUGCAUGGGUCAGAUAUUGCAGGUCGAACUGUUAGAACGAGUCCAAACGCAGCUGCAGGAUCUACUGUACUACAUCUGUGUUUGCCAUGUCCGUGUAAUUGGGAAGCCGAUCAAGAACUUCGGUUUCAGUCCUCUCAGCGCCGGUGGCGGCGGGUGUGGUCUCAUCUGUCAAAGAGGUCUCGACUACUUGGCGACACCUAAACCGGAUAUUCCGGAGCAUGUGCCCAACGAGGAUGAUGCUGCAGGAGCUGCGCUCGGUGCCGGAAGGGACAACUUUGCGGAGAGGAUUAGGCAGCUGAGACUGAACAGAGGUCUUUUUCAUAACACUUACGUUCUGAAUAGGAUAUUGGGAAACCUUGCUGUGGCAAGCCUUCUUUUGGCUACAGAAGAUUACAUAACGGAUGCAGAUGACGAAGAUGAGAUGUCAGAAGAGGACCUCGAUGAGGAUGAUGACUUUCAAGAUGAUGAUGAACCAGGAUAUCUGUUCUGAUCAACACAUACGUGAAUUGUUAUAUAUUAGUGGAGAUUUAUAGUGAUAUACGAGGCCCUUUGCUCUUCGUAAGCGAGACAGCUCAAUAUCUCCGGCAGCCUGUCGACACCUGUAGCUAGCUGUAACCCAAGUACCACUGUCCUUUCUUACAGGAGAUUGAUUGUUUUGCUCAGGCCUUUGGCACUUCACAAGAGAGGUCAGCUAUAACUCUGCAGCUUCAUGCCGACAUAUGUAGUUGCUUCCUCUGGGUGGGAGGGUCUAAGGUAACCAAUUAUGAAUACUUGAAAUUUAUAGUGAAAGGUAAAACAGUUAAUGUUGCCAUUAAGUACCCCUUUCAGAGGAUAUGCUGUGCUAACAUCGAUUGUGAAUGGUCUCAGUAUAGGGUAUAACUCUCCUUGUAGAGACUUAACGUUUUGUACGAACAACGCUCCCCAGGUAUUGUAGGUUUUAGGCUAGGUGUGUGGUAUUUGGGGGUGUAGAAACUUAGGGUCUCUUCCAGAUUCCUGUUUCAGGGUUUGUUCGAAGACAUGCUGCUGGGGAGUAAAGCCAUUCAAAUUCGUCGGCUUCAUAAUAAUGACAUGGCGAAUGGAAUAUGUG